GAGGGAGAGGGCAAGGUGUACACAGAGAGGCAGGACGCGCGCGCACCCGGAACUGACCGCCGCUGAACUGGUUACACUUUAAUUCUUAUUUUAAUGAUUAUAACUCGGUUUAUUGAGGACAUUCGGACUUUUUUCGGACAGGUGAGAAUCCGUUUUUGAGAAGAACCAGAGAAGAAGUGGAAUGUAAGCGCACAGAGGCCACACCUGAGCCUUUUCUUUUCUUUUUUUCUUUCCCUCAUGACACCUGCCGCUGGGGUUUGUGUUCAAGCGCGCGCGCAAACGAACGCCAGGUGGACGCAAUAUAGUAUUACUUAAUAUUUCUCCUUUCGUUUGUUUUAAUCAUAUAUAUUAUAUAUUAUAUAAUAUUUUCCCGUGAGAAUAUGAAAGUGACGGUGAACUUUGGGAGGACCGGAGUCGUGGUGCCGUGUAAAGACGACUGGAUUGUGCGGGACCUGAUCGACCAGGCGACUCAACGGUACAAAAAAGUCGUCGAACAGGAUGGGGAGUUUCUGGUGCGGACACAUCAUGUGGAGUACGCCGAUGGGGGGAUUCUCGACCCCGACGACAUGCUCAUGGACCUUCUCGAGGACAAGGACAAGUUGAUAGCGGUGUACGAGGAGAUGGAGCUGCAGCCGAGAACAUCAGUCAGUCCGGGGGGCAGCGUGGCAUCUGGAUACUCCAGUCCCUACGCCUCAGAGCCUGAGCUGGGGCACCUGCUGGGGCACCUGCGCCCUGCACUGGGCACCGAGAUCGAGGUCACGUCCAGCACCCUCAAGUCAAACACGCCUCUGAUGGUCAGAAGCAGCAGUGAACUGGUGCUGUCUCACUCGAUGGACACCGAGACCCGAGACACCAGAAACGACAACAACAGACCAACAACAGCAGCCAUGGGAUCAGGCCAUGUGCUUCAAGUGAAGAGUGGAUUUAUAGACACACCAAAAGGGGACAUGAACCAGAGGAUGAACAACAGCAGCAGCAGCCUCACCAGAACGGUGGAGUUUUCUUCAGACAUAGGGCCUCUUGGAAUUAAAGUUGUACCUUACCUUUCUUCACUAAGUGGACGGGCACUGGGUCUCCAUGUCCGAGGCAUAGAGGAGAACAGUCGCACGAAGAAAGAGGGCAUCUUCGAGGAGGACGAGUGCAUCGUGAGGAUCAAUGACACAGAGCUCAUAGACAAGUCCUUCGCUCAGUCUCAGGAGAUGUUUCGUCAGGCCAUGUCGUCUCCGGUCGUCAGGCUGGAGGUCGUCCCUAUGUGCAACAAGCUCCAGUACGAGAAGAGCCUCAUCAGCCAUAUAUUCAGCGGCUUUGACUCUUCCCAAGCCGUCACCCCUAAACCCAAGAGUCCCUUCCUGGCGCGGAAAGCGGACUUUAAAGUUCCUGACCCCGCCCCCACCCUGCUCCCAUCCUCUCUGACUCCGCCUCCCAGAGAAGAUCCCGCUGUGAGACGCAGCCCCGUGGCGAUGGAGCGCCGCAAACAGACUACGCCUUCUCCUGCCAGUGCCUCACCCACACCCAGGAGUCACAGUGAAAGCCCCGCCUCCACGGGAAAACCCGCCCUUACAGCGCUAGCGAAUGCUAAUAAGAAAAGUGGACACAAGAUGAUAAAUUUAACCAAAGGUCCGGACGGGCUCGGCUUCACCGUGGUGACCAGAGACUCUGUGGUUCACGGGCCUGGCCCCAUCCUGGUGAAGAGCAUCCUGCCCCGAGGAGCUGCAGUGAAAGACGGACGACUGCAGUCAGGAGACCGAAUCCUUCAGGUAAAUGGAGUGGACAUCAGUGGGUACAGACAGGAGGAACUGGUGGCGAUGUUACGCAGCACUAAGCAGGGAGAGACCAUCUCACUGUUAGUGAGCAGACAAGAGGAACUCUUUUUACCUCGGGAACUGAAAGGAGAGGUUCCUGGUCCGAUCCUGUCCGAGGACGGCCGAGAGCAGCUGAUGUACGAGAUCCCCUUAAACGAUUCGGGGUCAGCCGGACUCGGGGUCAGUCUAAAGGGCAACAAGUCCAGAGAGACAGGCGAAGACCUGGGCAUCUUUGUCAAGUCUAUCAUCCAUGGAGGGGCUGCUUUCAAGGAUGGACGCCUGCGGGUGAACGACCAGCUCGUGGCCGUCAACGACGAAUCCCUUCUCGGUAGAUCCAACAACGAUGCCAUGGAGACUUUGAGACGUUCUAUGUCAAUGGAAGGGAAUCUGCGAGGAACCAUCCAGUUAAUUAUCCUCCGAGCUAUGGAGCAGUCCCCCACCCAGGAGAGGCGACAAGAUGGUGGUCAGAUUCGCACCAGAGAGACUUCCCCGGCUCUGCAGACCCAAAACACCCCGAGUAACGGCAUCGCUCAGCACCCCAUGGUCAUCAACAGCCUCUACGAACGUGUUCCAGGUCCUGUACCAACCUCCAAUGGCAGACCCGGAGUGUAUGACGACGACUCAGAGGAAGACGGGUUUCCGUCUCCUCCGUCCGAUUUGGAGACCGAGUUCAGCCCACAACAGAGAUACAUGCAGAUCAGACCGGAACGAGAACUUCCGACACGUCAUCAGCUUCCACAAACGCAAAGACACCCGGAACGUUAUUCACCAAAAACCUCCAAGAGCAUGGACUUGGUUGCAGAUGAGGGCAACAUUGGAGCCAGGCGAGCACAGAGGCCUGCACCCGCAACAUCUCUGGGACCUACGCUGGGUUUGCAAAAGUCCAGCUCUCUGGAGAGUCUGCAGUCGGCCAUGGAGGAAGCCAGCAAAGGCAGCGUUCCCUUCCACCGGCCUGCUGGUCCCAUGGUGCGUGGCCGCGGUUGCAACAUGAGCUUCAGGCAGGCCAUCGACAAGUCCUACGACGGACCCUCGGAGCCUGAGGACGAUUUCUCCGAGGACAGCUCGGGCAGGGAGACGCCAGCCAGCGGUUCCUCACGCCAAGGACUGGAGGACGGAGGCAAAGAGAAAAAGAAGAAAACCAAAAGGAAGAAGGAGAAAAAGACCAAGGCCAAAAAGAAAGACGACGCCGACGACCCGGACAAAAAGACAAAGAAGAAGGGCUUCGGACUCUUGAGAUUUGGCAAAAAGAAAUCCAAACUGAAGCUGGGGUCUCUGAGCGAAGAGGAGCUCAAUAAGAGUGAGCCAGAAAUGAGUGAGGGGGGCGUGUCCGUGUAUGCUCCGCCCCAAGGCAAUCUGCCCGAAGUCGAAGACGACGAUUUCGACCCUAACUACGCCCGCAUCAGUAACUUCAGGGAUCCGCCCCCUUCUAACCACGCCACCUACCCAAGCCACAUGGUGUCCCCAAACGCUGUCAGACCCGCAGGCCACGCCUACAACAUCUCUCCGACUAACGAGGACCCCCGGGAGGGACUGUACGCCAAAGUGAACAAGAUCAAAACUCCAACACAACCAGCUGCUGAGAGCAGUAAAGAAGUUCGACUGCAGCAGAUCCGGAGUCAGCUCCAGAACCUGAAACCUUCUCCAGCGUACGGCGAGUCAGGAGCAGGACACCGACUGCAGGAGUACGAUCCAUCACGGAUAAGAGGCCCGGAUCCCCGCAUGGCUCCAAGAUAUGAAGACAUUGAUCGACAGUACACAUCCAGACGAACACCAGUGGAAGCCCAGAGAGAAACGGACCGCUACCCGAGUCCACCCUACAACGCAAACCAAAACCCCCCACCAGGUCCGAACCGUGUCCCUGUGUCCCGCCCUGGACCGUUCAGAUACGACCAGCCCCCAGCCUCCUCUCCAGACCAGCAGGGGGUGCCAAGCUACGAAGCUGCCGUCAAAGCUGGCACUCGCUCAGCCGCUUCCCAUCAAUACGGCGCAUAUGAAGAUGGGCAGUACCCGAACCAUCGCACCAAGAACCCACCAAUCGGAGCUGUGUAGUAUAAAUAUAGGAUAUGUGUAAAGUUUAGCUAGUAAAUAUCAAAAGCUGUUCAAGUUCUUCAUGUCUGGCGUUGGUCUUUCCUCUCUCUCUCUCUCUCUCUCUCUCGGGGUGAACCCUCUCGUAGCAUGUCAGAUGAUCAAACACAGGUCCUGAGCUUUAAAGUUUCUUAUGGGUUAUUAUAGAAAAUCAAAGAUUCUUCACUUCCUAAAGAAUAUCUGUUUGGGUCUUCAAGGAAAAAACAUCCUCCCUCUUCUGAAGUGUAGACCUGGAGUCAGCAAGCUUUUUCACUUGAUUCAUACACUUUUGGUCCAUGUUUAUAUCCAAGGAAUCUAUUUUACAAGGAUAUACACCAAUCCAGAUUGGUCUUAACAUUCUUCUUUAAGGUCUCCCCAUAACAAUGACCUGAGGAACCUGUUGGUGUCUAGAUUUAUCCCAGUUUUUUAAUUAACACCAGCAUGAUCUCAAAAGCCUUGGUAAAAACUAAAAUGAUCCUCUAGCAGGUGACUUAUAGCUUCCACCUCAUCCACAGGCCUCUUCAGUUCAUCCCUGAUACUCCAAAAGCUUCAGGUAACCCUUUCUGUAAGGAUCAUUCCAAUCCAGAAUAAUGUCAGUUUCAUUCUUAAAGCUUCCUCAGAAAGUCCAACCAGGGAACUUGAAGGUUCUAGCACCGGUUCUGGGAGUUUGGAGAAAUCUGAAGGAACGUUUUAUCGCCUCAAUUUAAUGCUUUAUUGUUGAUGUGAAUAGUUUGUUGUCUUGUAAAUACGUCUUUCCUCUCGUUACUGUAGACACAUUCGAGGUGGUCAGGUCCCAGAGGUCUACAGAGCAGUUUGUGUUGCUCUACAGGAUCCGUGGUGCUGUUGUGUAGAUAAAGCGCUCCAUGCUCUUUAUCUGUGUGUUUUUCCCCCUCAGCGUUACACUUUGUGGUUUUGCGUUAUCUCGGCGUUAUCUGAAGCCUGACCGUCUGUUUUCUGCCUGUUUUCAUCCCAAACACUCUUUUACAACCAAACAACACCUGCACACAAUUAGGCUCCAAACUCUAACCUUCCCUUUCUGCUUUUUGAGCUCAAAGUCUUUUUUGUUUUGUUUCUCUUUAAUGAAGGAAGCUCCAGGGCGGCUGUAGUGCCAAAGAAAAAAAAAAGAAAAAGAAAUUAAAGGAGGAAUAUCAUGUGAAGUGUGUGUGUGUGAGGAUGUCUCUUUUUUAAGCAUUUUUUUUUAUUAAACCUUUUCUUGAAAGCUUUUUUUUUUUUUUUUUUUUGGUGAGGCAGUUACUUUUUUUGUUUCUGGAGAAUUUUGCACAUUUAUCACUUUUUUAUAUAAACACUGCCAUUGUUUCACAUUUCCAGUUUUCUCAUGUGUAUAAAAAAAAGUGUCUGAAAUGGAAUCUGAAGCGAAAUAGAAGGUACUUUCUGCUUUUCUUCUCAUGUAUUUAUUACUAAAUGUUUUAUUUUUAAAUAAUGAACAAAAAUUUGAAGAGACGUGAAGCAAUGAUAAACGUGUGUGUGUGUGUAUCAGUAAAAUGUGUUAAUAUAUUGAUAAUUGAGCAUGAUGAUAGCUUGUUAUUGCAUGUUUUUUUCCCAUUGAAUUUUUCAAAAAUAAAGAUGAUCAGUGGUGUUCAA